CUGUUGCUCAUGGGCACUGGGGAGAGCGGGAAAAGCACAUUCAUUAAGCAGAUGCGUAUAAUUCAUGGCUCAGGCUACUCUGAAGAGGACAAGAAAGGCUUCACCAAGCUGGUGUACCAAAACAUCUUCACUGCCAUGCAGUCUAUGAUCAGAGCCAUGGAAACCCUGAAGAUUCUGUACAAGUAUGAGCAGAACAAGGCCAAUGCAGUGCUGAUCCGAGAAGUGGAUGUAGAAAAGGUCAUGACAUUUGAGCAGCCAUAUGUAAGUGCAAUUAAAACAUUGUGGAAUGACCCUGGAAUACAAGAGUGUUAUGACAGGAGAAGAGAAUAUCAGCUUUCUGACUCAGCUAAAUACUAUCUCAGCGACGUGGAUCGUAUCGCUACCCCGGGAUAUCUACCAACUCAGCAAGAUGUGCUACGGGUUAGAGUUCCUACAACUGGUAUCAUAGAGUACCCCUUUGACCUAGAGAAUAUUAUCUUCAGAAUGGUGGAUGUUGGAGGGCAGAGAUCAGAACGAAGGAAGUGGAUCCAUUGCUUUGAAAAUGUGACUUCCAUCAUGUUUUUAGUAGCACUUAGUGAAUAUGACCAAGUUCUGGUGGAAUCGGAUAAUGAGAACCGGAUGGAGGAGAGUAAAGCUCUCUUCAGAACCAUUAUAACUUACCCGUGGUUCCAAAACUCUUCUGUCAUCCUCUUUCUCAACAAGAAGGAUCUGUUGGAAGACAAGAUCCUGUAUUCCCACCUCGUUGACUAUUUCCCAGAGUUUGAUGGCCCCCAGAGGGAUGCCCAGGCAGCCCGUGAGUUCAUCCUCAAGAUGUUUGUGGAUUUAAAUCCCGACAGCGAUAAAAUCAUCUAUUCCCAUUUCACAUGUGCCACAGACACAGAAAACAUCCGAUUCGUCUUUGCAGCUGUCAAGGACACCAUCCUACAGCUCAACCUGAAGGAGUACAACCUGGUUUGACCUGCUCUGCUCUUGCCCCUUGAGAGGCUUCUUUGUGAAGAAAAGACAAAAAAAGAAAUUUUAAAUAUGACAGGAAAAAAAAAAGUUUUAAUUUUCGAUGAUGUAAUGAUUGCAAAAUUGUCUGAUCUGUGGAGUGGCAAGUGCUCAGUGUUAUCCUGGAGUCUCAUGUCUCUGUCCACAGAGUAGUUGAUUCAUAUUUUUAACAGAUUGCUUUAUUUCACAGUUAACGGGGAUAUGCCUCAUUCCUUCAGCACCUUGCUUACUUCUUAAUUUUUGCCAAGCAGCUAAGGCAGCCUCAUCUUGAUCUUUCCUUUGUUGCUUAGACACUUUUUUUUUUCCCUCCCCUUUCAUUCCCGUGGUAUAUAUAGAGAAAAACCCCAACACUUUCCAGCUGAGGUGGUGAAUUCACUGGACUGUGGGAGUGCAGAAAGCUACUGGUCCCUUUGCCUUGUGCCAUAGGGUGCCUCUGGUGUAAUUUGCUGAUCCUGCUUGCUUCCCCUCCUUCUCUCCCUUCCCUUCCCCAGGACACGCUCCAUGGUUCACUGUGAUGAAACGUUGGGGAGGAGCGAUUGCUCUCCAACUAUUGUGCAAAAAAAAGGCAAAACAAAAAGGAAAAAAAAACACACAAAAAAAAAA